GUAGCUUGGAGGGAGAGCAAGAGGUCGGGAGGAGGAAGCUGUACUGAUGGAUCUGGGGCUUGCACCCUGCUUCAGUGUGGUGCUCAGGAGCCAGCCCGAGGCAAACCUGUACCCUGAGGUGCAGUAAUCCUGACAUUUGACUGCAUCUCCCCACUGGCACAAGGCGAUUCUAAUAACUCGUUGUCAAAGCCAAGAAGAUAUACACCCAACCUCUUCGCUUCCAAAAGCUUCUUGUCAAGACAUGGAAGCUAUUGCCAAGUUUGAUUUCAUGGCCUCCGGUGAAGAUGAACUGAGCUUCCACACUGGAGAUAUUCUGAAGAUACUAAGCAACCAAGAGGAGUGGCUCAAGGCGGAGCUCGGAAGCCAAGAAGGAUAUGUGCCUAAGAAUUUUAUAGAUAUCCAGUUUCCUGAGUGGUUCCAUGAAGGCCUCUCUCGACACCAAGCAGAGAACUUACUCAUGGGCAAGGAAAUUGGGUUCUUCAUCAUCCGGGCCAGCCAGAGCUCCCCAGGAGACUUCUCCAUCUCUGUCAGGCACGAGGACGAUGUUCAGCACUUCAAAGUCAUGCGAGACAACAAGGGCAACUACUUCCUGUGGACUGAGAAGUUCCCAUCCCUAAAUAAGCUGGUGGACUACUACAGGACGACCUCCAUCUCCAAACAGAAGCAGAUCUUCCUUCGGGAUGGAACCAAAGAAGAUCAGGGUCACCGGAGCAACAGCCUGGACAGGAGGUCCCAGGGAGGCCCUCAUCCAAGUGGAAAUGUAGGAGAAGAAAUCCGACCUUUGAUGAACCGGAAGCUGUCAGACAACCCUCCUUCCCGUCCCCAGCAUCAGCAGGCACCUCCUCCGUUCCCACCGGGGUCACAGCCUCCUCCACAGCAGCGGUAUCUGCAGCACCACCAUUUCCACCAGGACCGCCGUGGAGGCAGCCUGGACAUAAAUGAUGGACAUUGUAGCAUCGGCAGUGAGAUGAAUGCCACCCUGAUGCACCGGAGACAUACGGACCCCGUGCAACUCCAGGUGGCAGGGCGAGUGCGCUGGGCCCGGGCACUGUAUGACUUCGAGGCUCUGGAAGAAGAUGAGCUGGGAUUCCGAAGCGGGGAGGUGGUUGAAGUCCUGGAUAGCUCCAACCCAUCUUGGUGGACCGGCCGUCUCCACAACAAACUGGGUCUCUUCCCUGCCAACUAUGUGGCUCCCAUGAUGCGAUGAGUCCCACUGGGCGACUAGAGGCUUUUUGUCUGAAGCUGCCUGCAAGAUACAGACAAGGGAAAAAAAAGUUGGGCUUUAUAACUACACAUGCAUGCAUAUGAUGUACACGUGUGCCCGUGUGUACACAAAACAUGUAUAUGCAUGCCUACGGCUACACACAACAUUUUCUAGUAGUAAUUUAUUGGCAGCUGGGUUGGUUCAUUGACCGGCAUGAGAAGGAACUUGAGGGAAGAAUGGGGUGCUUUUCCAGCUCUUCUCUGUGCGAGAGGGCAGCAGGGAGCUGAGAGCAGGGCAGGAAAAUAGACUUCUCCCAACCCUUGAACUUUCACAGCUUCUUUCCUGGCUUGGGAACUUUCCAAGAGAGCAAGCAGCUAAACAGAGGUCACACCCCAGCAAUGGACACACAGGACGGGGCUGGGCUUGGCGAGGCAUGUUAGGUAGCUUACCUGGCCCCGUCCAUCUACAGGGUAGCUUCCCCUCUGUUUUCCACAGGGCAGGCAUUGCACCCUGAGAGCUAAAGUUUAGCAGAUCCAGGGCCACAGGCACCAAGCAAGUCUGAGCAGGUAGCUGGCAAGGGCGUGGUCAGUCUUCUCAGCUUGGUGUGGGAGAGCCUUGCAAGCCUCAGGCCUAGUCAAUGCCUGACAGAAACUUUUACUUUUCCACCAGUGACUGCCCACUGGGUGAUCCCCUUCCCCUGUAGCUGAUGAGAGAGAGUGUCUCUAACAUGGAGACACCACAGAGACAAGUGCUAGGGAACACAGGGCUUCUCCACAGACCCUUGUGGCUUGCUUGAAUGUAACUUCUGCUUUCCCGGCUGCAAAGAAAGCUGUAGCCUAGAUUCUAGGAAGUGCAGGGAGAAGCCCUGGCUGAGAAUGUGGGAUGUGUCAGCAGGCUCAUUUUGUGGUUACAAGGGUUGUGUCUGUGGAGUGCUCUUGUUUUUUUCCUCCUGAUUUUCUGUGGUUGAGGGGUGUCUUUGCCAAUGGACCAGAGGGAAGCCAAGACUGCAGAUCAAUAAACAGAUUGAUAUAUUGACUCUAACCCUGGACAGGAGCUUCAUGAAUAUGAGUUUCCUCUUCCAUCUGCAUGUUCAGCCUCUGGGGGCCUCCCUUCAGCUAGAAGGAGGAACCCCACUGACACUGUCCUUCUUUGUCACCUCAAACUCGAAUUGUGUGUCUUGGUGCCCACCCUGGAGAAGAAAGAGCAGAGAAGACAGGCUGAGGAGAGGGACACUGGAGAAGAAGAAGCUCGGUGCCGUUGUGGAGCCUGGAAGCAAACAUGUCACAACAGAAGGCACUUACAAGGGUGUUGGUGUAGUCACGUGUGGAUGUGUGUUCUGAGACAGGAAAAGAAGCGCUGGGGUGCAAGUGAUGGCAGGGCAUAUGUGGCAAGGGGCCCUCUCCCCUGUGUCCCCUCCUGCUUUAGGGAGGGACUGGAGGGCAUCUGCUACUGAAGCGAUAAAAGAACAGUGUGACUCACAAGUCACUGCAGUGUGGCAUACACUCGGUCCCUUGUGACUCUGAUUCAACAAUUCUCUGAUCCCCGGGUUCCCUUUAGAGAAAGAGAGGAAGAAAGAGACUAAGAGGGAAGAGAAAAUAGCCGGGAAGGGCAAGGAAA